AUGCCUAAUCUCCAAUCCUACACUGUCGGCUGGAUAUGCGCUAUUCCCACCGAGUUGGCUGCCGCCCGCACCUUUCUCGAUGAAAAACAUGCCACCCCUGAAGCGGUCUCACGGAAUGACAACAACAGUUACACUCUCGGAACGAUUGGAAAGCACAACAUUGUCAUUGCUGUUAUGCCUAAGAGAGAGUAUGGUAUUGCUGCUGCCGCUACCGUGGCGAGAGACAUGGUCCACAGCUUCCCUAAUAUCCGUAUUGGAUUGAUGGUUGGUGUUGGAGGCGGCGCCCCAAGCAAACAACACGACGUACGCCUCGGCGAUGUGGUUGUCGGAAGUCGUGAUGGUGGAAAAGGCGGCGUCAUUCAGUAUGACUACGGCAAGAUGAUGCAGAAUCAGGCCUUCGUUGAAACCGGGAGCUUAAACCAACCGCCACCAGCCUUGCUAAACGCCGUUGCCGCACUCGAGACCGAGUAUAUGAUGCAGGGCCCUGAACUCGACUCCAAGGUCGAAAAGGCCUUGACUCCAUGGAAACGACUUCAGAAAACACACUCACGCCCGCCUGCAAGUGCCGAUCGGCUCUACACACCAGACUUCGCCCACCCGCUCGAGUCUUCUGCACCUUGCUCUCAGACAUGCCCCGCAAACACCGCCAAUAUCAUUUCUCGAGACGAACGGGGUGAACACGAAGACAGCCCUACUAUCCAUUAUGGACUAAUUGCUUCCGCAAACCAGGUGAUGAAGAAUGCCAAGAUACGAGACAAACUUUCGGCGGAAAAGGGCGUCUUAUGCUUUGAGAUGGAAGCAGCCGGCCUGAUGAACCACUUCCCGUGCUUGGUUAUCCGCGGUAUAUGCGAUUACUCUGACUCGCACAAAAACAAGGAGUGGCAAGGCUUCGCGGCUAUGACGGCUGCAGCAUACGCGAAGGAUCUUCUACUUCAGAUUGCGCCAACCAGUGUCGAAGCUGAGAAGCCAAUUAGCGAAGUACUUGGUUCUAUUCAUAAAGAUGUACAGCGGUUGAACCAGACGACAAAUGAGACAAAGAUGGCAGUUGAGACAGUGCAUUCUGAGCAAAGGGUUUUCUAUGUCGACCUUCAACAAGGUAUACAAGAUCUCAAGCUCAGCAAAGUUGAAGACCUUUCUAUUGCCCGCAAUCCUCAUUUCGUUGUACCGUUUCCUUCCGAUCCCCAUUUCGUGAGCCGGUCCGACAUCUGGACAUGGAUUGAAAAGCAAUAUGCUGGGCCUGAAAGCCGCUUCGCUCUUGUGGGCAUGGGCGGAUUUGGCAAAUCCCAGAUGGCCAUCCAAUUCGCUCACCACCUCCACGCUACCUCACCCAAAACCAGCGUCUUCUGGGUCCACGGAAGCACGAAGGCGACAUUCGAAGAGUCCUAUCGCUCUAUAGCAGAAGUGCUAGCGCUGCCCCGUCGCCACGACUCUGACGCCAAUGUCCUACUACUGGUCCGCGACUGGCUACAAAGAGAGGAUGUAAGCCCGUGGCUGAUGAUUGUCGACAAUGCAGAUGAUGUCAAGAUGCUAAUCUCCAAGAAUACUGAUGAAACGUAUCUAUCGUAUCUACCUAAGAGAGAAAACGGCAAGAUCCUGAUCACGUCGCGCAGCUGGGACGCCGCGGACGAGUUGACUGGUAACGUCAAGAUGAUUUUCAGGGUCCCAACAAUGGAGGAAGCACAGGCACUACAACUCUUUCAAAAGAAAAGUGGCCGAGAUGAUAACGAGGCUGCUGUGUUGCGCCUGAUCGACACCCUCGACUAUGUUCCGCUCGCCAUCAACCAAGCAGCCGCGUACAUAUACACACGAAGUCCUCGGGUGACCGUUGAGUCGUAUUUGGAGGAAUUCCGCAACAGCGAAAACCGAAAAGACUUACUGCUUCGCCUCAAUACAGGAGACAAUCGACGUUACGCAGGCGUGUCCAAUUCCGUUGUAGUGACGUGGCAGUUAACGUUUGAACAAAUCAAACGGGAGCAGCCGCGGGCGGCGAACCUUCUUUCACUGAUGAGCUUUUUCCAAGCACAAAAUAUCCCAGAGUAUAUGUUGCACAACUAUAACAGCGGCAACACAGAUUCUAAAGAGGCCAAUGAUAGGCAUGGGGAAACCAGCGGUGUCGACUUCGAGGAUGACCUGGACGUGCUCCGGGGCUACUCACUCGUUACCAUGACAGCAACGCCGGGUGUCUUAGAGAUGCACUCGCUAGUGCAAUUUUGCACCAAACUUUGGAUCUCAAAAUUUGGUUCUGCUGACCAAUGGAAGACGCUCUUUCUUCAAUCAGCCUCACGACACUUUCCAUCAGGCGUAUUUGAAACGUGGCAGCAGUGUCAAACGCUGAUGCCCCAUAUGCAGCCUUUAUUGGACAAACCGCCGUCAGAAGAACGCAACCGCCUGGAAUGGAGCAAGUUACUAACGAAUGUGUCGUGGUACUUGGUGAUGCUUGGCAACUAUUCUAGGGCAGAGGUUUUAGUACAAGACGCUAUUAGGAUCAGGACGGAAAGACUAGGAGAGGAGGAUCCCUUGACGCUGACGAGCAUGGCCAACCUGGCGUCGACGUACAGCAACCAAGGCCGAUGGAAGGAGGCCGAGGAGCUGGAGGUGAGGGUGAUGGAGAUGAGGAAGAGGGUGCUUGGAGAGGAGCAUCCCUCAACGCUGAUAAGCAUGGGCAACCUGGCGUUGACGUUUUGGAACCAAGGCCGAUGGAAGGAGGCCGAGGAGCUGGAGGUGCGGGUGAUGGAGACGAGGAAGAGGGUGCUUGGAGAGGAGCAUCCCGACACGCUGACGAGCAUGUACAACCUGGCUGAUACUUGGAAAUCUCAGAAUCGGUGGAAAGAUGCGAUUCAGCUUCUGCAGCAUUGUGUUCGCCUCAGAGGGAACGUUCUUGGUAUGGAUCACCCAGAUACUAUAUUUGCCGUAUCAGCCCUGUCGAACUGGGAACUAGAGUUCAGGGAAACUAGUCAUAAGUUUCUAUAA